GUCUUCUUCUUUCCUGCCUGACGACCUCCAGAAGAGUCAGAGCGACUUCCAGCCGCAGCGUGACCAUGAAGUGUAACCAUCUCCUGUCCUGGGCCUUCCUGCUCGCCGCCUCCGGCCCGGCGCUGGGCCACCCCAUCACAGAGUCUGCUGAGAUGCCCUAUCCUGGACCUGCGUCAUUAGAGGAACGAGGAGUCGGCUCCCUGGAUGAUCUCUCUCUCUCCGAGCAGAACUACCCCCCUCAGGACGGAGCUGGUCUCAGAUACGCCACCCUCAUAUCUGGGGAGAUCAACAGAGACGGUGUGAGAACAACAGGCCUGUUUCCCAGAGGCAUGAAGAGAGAGGUUCUACUGGAGAAACAAAGUCUCCUGAAUCCGUUCAGCCACGUGUUCGGGAUCCGGAAGCAGUUCAGGAAGAGAGCGGGGACCACUGAGUGUUUCUGGAAAUACUGUGUUUAAAACGUCACUUAACGCUACACACAAGAAACAGGGCUCAUACAAAAACACGUGCAGACAAAAUCCACAUCAUGCUUGUUUGUGCACAUUUGCCAAGUUCAUGUUCUCACACACACAUAGAAGCAGGAAUGAUUGGGACAUGUUGCUUCAGUUCAGGACGUUUAUUCAUUUUACUUCUACAUUUAGAAACUACAUUUGUGAUCAAAGUCUCUCUGAGUGAUGUGAAAGGUUAAAGC